AUGAAGCUUAAAAAUAAUUACUCUAUAAAAGGAAAUAUUUCCAAAUUAUAUGAUAAAAAAGAAAAAGCAAAAUAUUUAUUUUUAAGGAAAUGUAUAAAUCUUAAUAGAUACAAGAAUAAAAUACUAAUCAGUGCAUUUUUCACAUUUAUUCUUGAACUUUUCAUAUAUAUAUUUUGUACCUACAUUUUUGUAUAUCCUAAUCAAUGUAAAUUUGGAAAUUUCUCGAAUAAGAAUACCAUUGUUCCUCUAAAAUCGACAUUUAACAUAUACAGAUGUUUAAAUGAAAAUAUGAAACAAUUUGAAGAACCUUAUGAAGAUAUAUCAUAUAAUGUAGAUUCAUAUAACAACUAUAAUUAUACCAAAGCACAAUAUACAGAUGAAAUUCAUAAUUAUUAUUACAAAGAAGAAACUGAUAAUGUACAAUAUAAUGAGAAUCCUUACAUUAAUACACAUUAUCAUAUACCAUAUGAAGAAGUGCCUAAUUUAAUAAAGAAUUAUAAUUAUGUACAUGAAAAUUAUAAUAUGAACGAUGAAAACCUACCAUAUAUGGAAAGACACCAUGAUAUACAAUAUAAUGGAAAUAAAAUUUAUUUGGAUGCAUUUCAUAAUAAACAAUAUUUAGAACCACAUAAUAAUAAUAAUAAUAAAACAUAUCAUAGUAGACUUAAUUCUGAUCCAUAUUUUAAUAUAGAAUAUGUUAAUGAAGAAUAUAUACACCUGUUUUAUGAUAUGUUGUAUAAUAACAACCAAUUUAUCUAUGAUUUUUAUGAUUUGGAAAAUGUUCAUAAUAAUAUUGUAGAAUUACCCAUUAAAGAUAAUAUCCAUGAAUAUCAAGAAAAAAUACCAUAUAAUAUAAAUACUUAUGACGAAUCUGAUGAAAUACAUUCAUGUGAUUUCACAGAUUAUAAGAAAGAGGAAAAAAAUAUUUCAAUAAAAAAAUUGAUGGAUGAACAAAUAAGACAUAAAAUUAAUGAUACUAUGGAUAAACAUAAAUGUACAAAAAUAAAUAAAAAUGUAGAAGAACACGAAAAAUUAAAUGACGAAGAAAAUUAUAAUAUGUAUGAAAAAAAUACAUCAUUACUAAGACAAGAAUUAGAAGACAAUUUUAAUGUCUUUUUAGAUAAAUAUAUAAAAAUGAAAAAUCUACAAAAAGAAUUAGAAUUAAUAGAUAACGAUAUAAAGUUAAAACAAUAUAAAUUAUACUUGGCUGACUUCAUAGGACUAGAUAUAAGUAAUAUAGAUGAAAAAUGGUCAUUUACACAAAGAAAAGAAAGUAUUAGAGAAUUAAUAAAUUCUUAUAUAAAACAAGAAGAAUUAAAUAUGAUGAAAAAAUUAUUGGGUGCUAAAAAUCAUUAUAAAAAGACAUACUAUGAUUCACUUUGUAUAACACAUAAAAAUAUAAAAAAAAUUAAAAAAAAAAACAAAAUUAAACUUGGAGUAUCAUUCGCACUAACAACCGCAACGUCAUUAUUAACCAUGUUUAUAUCUUAUUGGACAUCUCCAUGUGUUUUCCCAGGGAUAUUUUAUCUGGUUAAAACGGUAUUUCUUCCAUCAUAUUAA